AUGAAUAUGCUGGAUGAUGAAGAUGACCAAAGCUUUAACGCUACGCGUGACGGCUACUCCCAUUUGAGCGAUGUCGAAUGGGAUGCGGUUGAACGGAUGGGUUCAACCAUGGGCAUCCAUGCUGUUAGCGUCAUGCUAGAGGCUCUCAAUAGAGAUGCCCAACAUGCUACUAUCGCCAAGUUCAUUCAAAAUGAACUUGACGCUGAGCGCGAGAAAGUAGCCUUGCUUCACCAACAAGGUUCUCAACAAGCAGAGUUGUUGGGAGAACAGGGUGCUCAACAGUUCGAACUGUUGAGACAGCAGCAGGCUGCUGCUGGUGGGUCGAUGCACUCGCGUCGACCCGAGACCUUGAAGAUUGACAUCUCCAAGUAUAGGGGAAUCGAAGAGGACUCCCUCUUGAGAUGGUUCGUCGAAUUGGAUGACGCCAUAAGGGCGCGUCGCAUCGACGACGGGGAAAUGCAAGUUGCAUUUGCCCAGUCAAAUCUGGCAGGACGUGCCAAGACUUAG